GCGCCGUGCGUAUGUCCCGCAGUGGUGCUGGCGGAGGUGAUCAAGGCCUUCGGCGCUCCGGAAAACGCGCAGCGCAUGGACGAGGCGCGCGACAACGCCUGCAAUGACAUGGGCAAGAUGCUGCAGUUCCUGCUGCCCGUGGCCACUCAGAUCCAGCAGGAUGUGAUCAAAACCUACGGCUUCAGCAACGACGGGGAAGGGGUGCUCAAGUUCGCCCGGCUGAUCAAAUCGUAUGAGUCGCAAGACCCGGAGAUCGCCAGCAUGUCGGGGAAGCUCAAAGCCAUGUUCCUGCCCCCGAUGGCGCUGCCCCCGCACGCCGCCGGGACCGGCGGAGUGGCGACUUCAUGAGAGC